AUGCCCGAGAACUCAGAUGCUGUGAAGACGGCGCCUAUCCCAACGUCUGCGCCUACGUAUACUUACAUUCCGUUCGAGUUGAAAGAAGAUGUACCUGAGCUGGCACUCUUGCAGAAGCUGGUCGAGAAGGAGAAGCAAUUGGAUAUAUCAGUGAGAGAGAAAGAGAAUCAGUUGUCUUUAGACGCUACGUCUGGUGGACUUUACCCUCAGAAUACUAGUGAUAGUGGGAGACUUUUACGCGUCUACGUGUACAACACAGCACAUCAUCAACCAUGGCAAGAUGAGAAAACGGACGAUAAACCACAUUGGCUUCUGAGGGUGGAAGGCAAAUUGCUAAAUCGUGAUGGUUCAGAAGUUCAAGGCGAAUCCCGUCCCUUUAGCUCAUAUCUCCAGGCAGUUGCCGUUGAUUUCAAAAAGUUUAAACCUAGAAGGCAGGAUAAUAGACCAGAGAUUGUCUCAAAUGGGGAUAUAACCAUGACAGAUGGUGACAAUACUACACAGCAGCUUGCAGAGAACGCCAACAGCACUAAUAUGGCGACAAAUGAUAAUGACGACGACGAUGACGAGGAUGAGGAUGCGGAGGAUGACAGUGAGAUUAUUGACGCUGUUGAAUGGCAUUAUGAUUCUGUAGCUGGCAGCGAGUUUGACGGCAUCGAUGUCAAAAGACCAGGCACUCAGAAUAUAAACUGCACAAUAACAAUUCAACCCAGGGGUUGUACUGGUGAAGAAGUGGAGUACAGUCCAGAACUAUCGCAAAUUCUGGGUAUAAAUGUUGGUUCUGUGCAAGGAGCUGUCUAUGGCCUAUACAAGUACAUUCUGAAUAACAAUCUUUUAAACAACGAAGGCAAAACUAAUGAUAAUCAGCACAUGUCUUCUAAUAAUAGCGAAUCUACAAAGGUGACAUUAGACUCAGCACUACAUAAGCUUUUACCAAAGAGAGAUAUCACGGAACAAGCUAUGGCUAACACAGAGGAACUAAAAGUAGGCUUAAAAGAAGCCAUGUCCUUAGUGAACGAUCAUUUCCAACCUCUUCCCGCCAAGAAAAUCAAUUACACCAUAAGGACCGAUGUGGAAACAACAUAUGGCCAAACCGUAUUUGAUAUUGAGAUAGGCAAUGAAUCGCCAGAAGUCAAAGAGACUCCACUGUCCAGAUUCAGAGAGUUAGCCAAGACAACUGACCAGGAAGUAGAAGACAUUGAUGAGCAAAUAAAUAUGCUACAGUUGCAACUGAACGCCCUAGCGACAAAACAUCAGUUCUUCAAAGAAACCGAAAAGAACCCACUGGCGGUACUGAAGGAGUACGCACUAAUAUCAAAGAACGCCACAGAAGUACUUGCCAGUGACUUGCAAUUCACAGAGGACUCGGUAAGACUUUCAGACUUCUACAAGGAAAACGAAGCUCUCCUCUUCGAGAACCUAGCUACAUACAUAGCCAACUCACGGUUAUAG